AUCAUUGUAUGAAAAAUAUCAAGAAAUUAAACUAACAUGCAAAAUAAAAAAAUCCUAGAACUUCAUUAGAUAUAUCUUAAUAAAAGCUGAUAGAAAGUAGCUCAAAAAAAGAAAGAAGAUGUAUAAAAAUAGACUGAUGUAAAUGAUGCUAUAUUUUCUCUUGAUUCAAAAAUAAAUAAGAUAGUAUGAACUCGAAAAAGAAAGCUAAGCAAAUAAUCAUACAUAGAGAUUAGAUAGACAUCAGAAUUUAUUAUCUCAAAUAUUGGUUUUGAAAGACAUCAAAAUGAUGUUAACAAAUAACAAUAUUGUAUAAAACUCUAGUAUAAAUAUAUUAACUUAAGAUGACACUUAUAAAAUGAUGUUAUAUUUGAGCAUAAAUUUGAGAUAUUUCAAGGAACGAUUUUGA